AUGCCCGAGGAAACUCACGAGACUCAUGCCACCGAGGAACACCAAGAGGGAGAGCACGCGGGAGAGCACGCGGGAGAGCAUCACGCGGAGGCCGGUGAGCAUCACGAAGAGGGCCAUCACGAGGAGGAACACAAUGAGGGACAGCAUGAAGAGCACAACGAUGAGGGAAACGAUGCGCAUCAUGACGAGGAAGCUCAUGAGGAACACCAUGAAGAGCAGCACCACGAUGAAGCCCACAGCGCUGAUGAGCAUCACCAUGAAGAGGAGAAGAAAGCGUGUUGCCAUCACGAGCAUAAAGAAGAAGAUCACCACGAGGAACACCAUGAAGAAGCACACGAAGAGCACAAGGAGGAGCAUCACGAGGGAGAAGGAGAUGGAGAUCAUCAUGAGCAUGCUGAGGAGCAUCACAGCGACGAGAAGUUGGCUCACGAGGUGGAGAACGUUGCGAUCGCUAGUCAUGAU